AAACUCCCAUUCCCCUGCCUGCCAAACAGGCUGAGAGUGGUAGAAAGAGAAAAAACCCUCGGCACUAGGACUCACAUCUGCUUCUCCUCCGGCGCCGGCAGGGCAGCACACCGUCGAGGCGGAAGCGACCCGGCAGGACUCGACGCGAUGCCUUCCUCCCCAUCCCCCGUCGUCGUCCUCAGCGACGACGAAAGCGGCGACGACGGCGCCGCAUCCGGCGCGCUCUCGAGGUCCGCCGCCGACCGCAUCGCCUCCACCCUGACCACCCAGGCCGCGGUCGACGCCCUCUGCAAGAAUCGCGACGUGCCGCGGAAGUUCGCCGCGCGCCCCGCCGGCGCCCCGCCACCGCCUCAGCCUUCUCCCCGUUCAACUGUUGCCAAAGGGAUGGAUCCACCCGCCCGCGACAUGACUGACAGUAUGCCAGCGGAGAAGACGGCGGCGCCGGCGGCAAGGACGGGGCAGGUGAAAAGAGAGGCGCACGGCGACACGCUUCCAUUGUCCGGAAAGAAGAGGAGACGGGAGGAGGUGACUGCAACAGACGGGCAUGACGGCGCCGCCCCGGUGUCCAACCCGCGUGCCCCGCCGGGCUUUGACCCACGGUCACCGCACUCUGCCGUACCCGACACACUCGACUGGAAGGCCGUGCAGAAGAUUCUAGAGGGCCUGGUCACGCCGUCGCGGGAGCGCCACUUCGCGGCCUCGAAGCCCUCCGACCUCCUGGCGUCGAGCUACGUAGCAGUGCUCCAGGCCGCGAACUACGCGACCUUCUCCACGUCCUACGCGCUGGAGCUGGACGAAAAGGUUCUGGCGUGCGAGCGCGACAACCUGGCGCUGUGGGAGCAAGUGGAGAAGGAGAAGGCGGCGAGGCAGGCCGCGGAGGCGGAGCUCGAAAAGGUCAAAGCAGAGCUGGAGAGCGCCGAGGCGACGGCGGUGCAGCAGUUCCUGGGGUCCGAGGAGUACACGCGGCGGCUGGCCGAGCAUGCGCUGCCGGCGUACUUGCGCGGCGCUGAGGAAAUGAGGCGCGUCGUGCUCCGGCACUACCCGCACGUCGACGCCGGCAAGCUGGAGCUGCCGCUUGAUUAGCUCGGUCUGAGUCUGAUUAGUUGGAACUUGGAGUCGUUUUUGUUGAUCUUUUGUACAUGGGGAAACUGCUCUAGCACAUAGCAACAUCAUGCGCAAAGAUUUAGCUGGGCCAUGAUUUGUUGCUGGUUUGGUCUCUUCAUGGUUUCAUGAUCUGGCACUUCCGUGGAGAAAUCGACUCGACGAUGGUGCAUGCAGUCAAUGGGUUUCAUGGUUCAGAUAGAAACUCACCAUUCACUGUUCAUGUAUGUGAUUACUGGAUCGGCCAUGGGGAUUUUUAUCUUCCAAAAUGGGGAAUAGUACCGAAUUUGCCAUGA